AUGGAAAAGGCAUCGGGUAAAUUCCUGGCUCUUGAAGCUGGCCAGAGGAACACACAGGCUGUCUUGCAGGAUAUCCAAACCCAGCUGGGGAGUGUGGCUCAAGCAGUGGCACAAAGCGCUCCUGGUACUUUGCCCGGUCAGACCAUCCCUCACCCUCAGAACCCGAAUGAGCACUGCAAUGCCAUCAGAACCAGGAGUGACAAGAUGACUGCUGAUCCACCUGCUCGGGCACAAGAGAGAGAGGCCCCUGCCUCGGCAUCUACAGUGACUGAAGAAGAAGCAGAGAAGGAGGUUGAGGUGCCUGCAUCUAAACCGCAACCAGUAGUGAAGGAGUAUAUCCCUAAACUCCCCUUCCCUUCUCAGUUGCACAAAGACAGGCUGGAGGCAGAGUUCGAGAACUUCAUGGCCAUGCUUAGGAAGCUGAAUGUCCAAGUACCUUUCCUGGAGGCACUAUCUCAAAUGCCUAAGUAUGCGAAGUUCCUGAAGGAUCUUCUCUCAAAGAAGCAGAAGCUGAGCGAGCUGGCCACUGUGGAGCUUAACGAGGAGUGCUCGGCCAUUCUGCAGAACAAGCUUCCGCAGAAGCAGAAGGACCCAGGUAGUUUUACUAUCCCGUGCUCUAUAGAUAAUUUGCAUGUAGAGAGGUCCUUGGCGGAUUUAGGUGAUAGUAUCAAUGUUAUGCCGUAUAAACUGUUUAAGAAACUAGGCCUAGGUGAACCCCGUGCUACUAGGAUGAGCCUUCAAUUAGCUGACCGAUCUGUCGUGCAUCCUAGGGGCAUAGUGGAAGACCUUCUGGUUAAGGUUGGCAAAUUCAAUUAUCCUGUUGAUUUUGUGAUUUUGGACAUAAAUGAGGAUGUGGAUGUGCCAUUGAUACUGGGAAGGCCUUUCCUGGCCACCGCCAAGGCCCUCAUAGAUGUGCAUGAUGGGACCUUAGUUUUGAGGGAUGGUGAGGGGCAAAUAACAUUUUCAAUUACUAAUACUCUCCCUGCUUCUUCGCCUUUGCAUGCUGUAUCUCACCAGGAGCACGAGUCUGUCGUGUAUCCUUCUGUGUUGCCUAUUUUGCAGGAUCCGCCUCCCAUACCUUCGGCGCCACUCCCGUCCACUGCGUCAUCGAAGGAACAAAUCAGGGAGGAGUGGCGGCCGAAACAGCAGGCAGCUAAGCCUGCUCGAAAGAAGGCCGGAGACCACUAUGCGCUGGUCCCGCCCCCACUUUGGCCAUCCGAGUAUUCACUCGCUCGCAUCCUGCCGGAUGGCCAAGUUGAGUUGGCAAAUGCUGGUGGCCACAUUCGGCGUGUGCACGGCCGUCAUUAG